AUGAGAGAAGAGAUUCUCGAUUACAAGCGGUUGAACUGGGACGAUUACCAGGAAUUUGUUCCCGUUGUCGAUGGAGCUGGUGGGGUGAUUCCUGAUGUGCCGGAAGAUUUGGCAAAACACAGGAGGAAAAUACCUAUGAUGAUCGGGACAACGCGGGAUGAAAGCUCCCUAAGAAUCUUAAUACUAAACGAGAAGAAAGUCAACUUCAGCGCCUUAAAUAGUCCAUUGGCCGAAAAGCUGGCGGACAAUCUUACGCUCGGCUAUAAACAAUUUCAAAAUCAUCGCUUAAUUGCGGAAGGAUGCAAAGCCCAAUAUAUUUGGACAAAAGUGGAUCCAUCACUGUCGAACAGUAUUUUGUUUGACUCAAUUCUGAAAGUAAGUGGUUUCUUUCUUCUCUAA